CAUCUUUUCCUUAUAGCUAACUAGAAUUAUAUAAACAUAGUAGAGUUGAAUGUGUUACUCAUUAAUCCUAAUUCAUUAGUAUGGUAGUUUUCACUUUGUAAAGCAUGUCCAAAUGCUGGAAGAUGUGCAAGUAGUGUAGGCCACUCUAGCACAAUCCAUAGCUGAUUCCCUUGGGCUUCUCCCCCUGUUUUCUCCCAGGUUUGUCAUACUCUUCAUGGAUGACUUGGGCCACAUUUCCCAGUGGAGUGCCAUCAUGGCUGGAAGUCUCGCAGGCAUGGUCUCCACCAUUGUAACAUAUCCUACAGACCUCAUCAAAACGCGCUUGAUUGUGCAGAAUAUGCUGGAACCAUCUUACCGGGGGAUCCUCCAUGCAUUUUCUACUGUUUAUCAACAGGAAGGAUUCUUUGCCCUUUAUCGAGGGGUUUCCCUUACAGUUUUAGGUGCUCUUCCUUUCUCUGCUGGCUCUCUUCUAGUUUACAUGAACCUGGAGAAAAUCUGGAAUGGACCCCGAGAUCGCUUCUCUCUCCUCCAGAACUUUGCCAACGUCUGCCUGGCUGCUGCGGUGACCCAGACCCUCUCCUUUCCCUUCGACACGGUGAAGAGGAAGAUGCAGGCUCAGAGCCCCUUCCUCCCCCACUGUGGAGGAGUAGAUGUCCAUUUCUCAGGAGCCACAGACUGCUUCCGGCAGAUAGUGAAGGCCCAGGGAGUACUGGGGCUCUGGAGUGGAUUGGCAGCCAACUUACUGAAGAUAGUUCCAUAUUUUGGAGUUAUGUUUGGUACCUUUGAGUUCUGCAAGAGAAUCUGUCUUUACCAAAAUGGUUACAUUAUGUCUCCUCUGAGCUAUAAAUUGACCCCAGGGGUGGAUCAGAGUUUGAAGCCCCAGGAAUUACGGGAAUUAAAGAAGUUCUUCAAAACUGGAAAACUAAAUUCUAGAAAACCAACUCUUUAAAACUGAGUGGAUCUAGAAGUGCCCUGACUGGAGGCGCGGCGCAAUCACGGAUAAAUGUAGGUUCGCAAUUGCAUGUGUGGAGUGAGGAGAGGGUACUCCUGUCUGCUACUCUUGGAAAUGAGAAGAAUCAGCCAUACGCCACCUCUGAGCUCCAAACUGAUGUCCCUGGGAACACCUGUACCACGGGAAGGUUCCCCAACAUGGCUGUCUCCCUUAUGGCAUUCCGCCAGGUUUUAUAACAAAAGCUAGCAGAAAUGAUACGUGUUAUUUACACAAGACCAAAGAAAGGACAUUGGCGUGACACCUCAGAGCAUUGCCGUGACACCUCAGAGCAACAUGCAAUUGAAGUAGCUGAGCAGGGACCAUGCCAUGUGCUCAGUCACAGGGUCACAGCUUGUACUAACCCACAUCGGCCUAGUGAUGCUCAAUUUGACCUGAGACUUCCUAACAGAAUCGCCCUGGAACUAAGAACCUCUGCUGACUUCCGAGUGUACACACCACAGUGUAAAUUAUGCCUUAUCAGAAGCUCAAUGAAGAUGUUUAACAUUGAAAAGGUAUGACUAUCAUAGUUGAACCAUCCUUUAUUUAAAUUUGAAGCAUCCCAGGCUUAAAUCUUGUGUUUCAGGAAGGCAGUUUUUAUCAUGACUGCUUAAUUAUGCCCCAAAAGGCCUUCUUCCAACUGCAGUCAUGUACAGUUUAAGUGGCCUGAAUUCUCUGCCUUUUUAACUUGCUUUGCAAGCCUACCCUGAAAAUAAAUUAUUUAGUCAACUUAAGUUAUUCUCACAAGAUGUCCCAGUUGCCUAGAAGGAUCAAAUAGAGCAUUGGAUACACAUACCAAAAAAAACCAUAUAUAACUGAAGAAACGCUUUAAACUAAUCAUCUCUACCAGAUUUUUAAAAUGUCACAUUUUGGAUUGACUCACCUUGGGGAUUCUAUGUUGUUUAUAUAACUCCAUGCGAAUAGUGCCUAUCUAUGCAUUAAAAAAAUUUAAUAUUAUGAUACCAAGUUAUAUAUAUACACAAGCUUCCAGUAUGCUGAAAGUAUUUUUCCUUAUUAAAUUUAUUUUUGAAAUAAAAAUGAUGUGUUGGUCAUUUAUUACUAAUCUGAGUUUUAAAACGGUGGUUAAAUAUAUACUGGCCAAAAUCUUUCAACUCUAAGAACCUUGGUCUACUGAAAUAUACCAAAAUAACUCAUUUUUCCAGUUGCCGUGGCAGCUAGUGUUUUAUGGCGAAUAGCAGUUAAUAGACACAUGAAAAUCUCAUCUGUAGCCCAAUCUGUUAGAGUUUGGAGGGUGGCAACUCUUUACCCAGAGCAAACAGUUCGUCUGUUAUUCUUUAUUUCCCUUGAGGUGAACAACUUUUUCAAAUUCUGAAAGCUGCAAAAAAAUUUUUUUAAACUAAAUCUAAAAUCCUAACUUCGGGUUACUUACCUCAUAUCAUCAACACCUUCUGUGCAUUCUUCCACAGGUGUGAUGAAAUAGCUAAGCUCUUGCUAUUGCCACACACAGGAAUGUUUUCUGAGCAGCUGUAUUGAUUUUUUUUUUUUUAAAUGAAGGAAGGAAGGAAAAGCAAAUGUCUCAUUUUUAUAACUUCAAAACAACUCUUAAAACUCUAGCUCUGUCCCUGAAAUGAACUUGCAGCUAUUUGCAUUUUCUCAGCAGUAUGAAGGGAGUGUUCUGCUUUAUGGCUGGCAGUGUGCACCACGCUGGACUAAGCACUUUAGGAGAAUUAUAUAAAGUGUGAUGCAAUAUUGACCCAGGAGUAAUAUACAGUCUUAGGGAACAAAACUUACCUACAUACAUGAA